AUGGGUAACUCAAUCUCAUCGGCACUUACCGACUCAUGGCUGGCUAGCCACAAAAGUCGCGUCGAAAAGUGGCUAGAUAAUGCAACAGAAGAUUCGGUACUCGAAGCACUUACCUCAAGCUUCUUUCCAGAUAGCAAAGGAUAUGGAGGACUUCCAGCUACUCGAAACGCCGGGUCUCUCAUCAAAGAAACGUUUGGCGCAUAUGGAUCCGUUGACGAAGGUGACAAAAAAAGAUAUUGGCACGAAAAGGACCUAGGGAAUUUCUUGUCGAAUCGGUUUCCAGGGUCUGAACUGACCGCAAGCGUUGCGAUACUAUGGAGGUGCUUUCAUUUUCAUGCCUUCUUCCCAUUUCCGCAGAAGCCAAAUCGACUCGACUAUAGUGCCUUCCAGCGGGCCAUAGGAUUGCUGGCAGCUGAAGGUAAUCUGCGCCUCGGUGACAACGCGGAUGGUAUUACCAUGGAUACCGAUAGAUAUCCUGACGCCAACGCUCGUGCUACAAAACAGCUUUGGAUUAUGUUCAAGAGCUUGUCAAUUCAGACACCUCAUCCGAAUCAUUACAAGUCAUCAAAGUCCAGUGUAGCGGACUUGUCAACCACGGAAGAGGAUCUCAUGGACGUUUUGUGUCUUACCCAGCCCGACAAUCCUUGUAUAAUGCCUGCACCGACUGAAGAAUUGAGGCCUCACGCAAAGAGAAUCUUGAGCUCGUCCACGCAAUUCACUUGUUCUUCGAUUCCCCGUGGAGACUUUCUGAGCCUGUUAAAGGCCCUUUUGAGCGUUCAAUUGGACAAGCCAGAAUGGGGGCCCCACGAGCCAUAUUUCUACACCGGCCGAAUUUUGAUACACCCAAAUUCAGGUAUUCUCCAAGGAGCUGCCGAUGCAAUAUUGAGACAUUCCGCCUCGAACGAGAAGAGGGAUAUCGAAUGGCAUGUUUUCAAGGAGGUCUUGAGUGUUCACCUGCCCGGUCUCCCUUCACAGUUUCGUCUCAUCUUCACAUCCUUCCUUUCUCCAUUGACCGCGCCAAUACAAGCUCUCAACACGUCCGCACCAAACUCCAUCAUACCUGUCCCAUACGCUCAAUAUCUCAACCUCCUCUUACACCCUCCUCUAGCCCACCCGGGGCGCCACGUCUUCGAAGAAUUCGCCCGUCAAGAAGCUCAUUACGCUCUUCAAAGAACACAAGCUGCAUAUUCAGCUUCACCUCUCACUCUCAAUACCGCCGACCUCGUCACCGCUCUCAGUCCUAUAAAGACCGGCACGUUACUCCUCAUCACCGGCGAGGCUAGUGUGGCCGAUGCUCAUCCCCCCACGCGAGUCACCGUUGGAGCCUGCAUGCCCACGCCGUGGGACGUUGAGCGCCAGCGCUCAUUCCGAGCCAGCCCGCCUCAAAAGCUGCACCGCUACACACCCGACCACAUGCUAUUCCAGCUGGAGCCAUGCCAGGAAAUCUUGCGGCCAGAAGCCGACGCAUGGAUUAUGGAUCUGAUCCAUAUCAUCAGCGGGGACACAAGAAGUGGCAGAAAAGGUGGGCUGCGGUUCGGAGCGGAGGGUGGGAGUGGCCUGUUUGUGGAUUUCGACAGUGGCAUCGCGACAUUGAGAAGUUUCAAUACAAUCGAAAGCGAAGCGAACCAAGACAAGCAAAGCAAGGAAUCUCCCAGCUACAACAGCGUCUAUCACUCCACCAGCCCUUCUGCGAGCCGAGAAAACCAGGCCAACAACUGGGAAACCAGCCUGCGGAUCCAGAAGCUCGACCUAUACGACCUAGGCGGCCACGCAACACCGCCAUUCGAAGAACAGCUCGUUGAGAAGCCGGGACUACGUACCGCAUCCCCGGAGCCUCAUCGAAUGCAGGUGUCCGAAGGGGAUGCGGCUCCGACGGAAAAGCCACGGGAGCCGCAGGUGGGAGAGGAUGAAUUGAAGAAGCGGAUUCAGGGAUUCGGGCCCGGUACCUAA